AUGCAGACGGUCCUGUGCGAGAUAGAGGCCGUACUAAAUUCGCGACCAUUAACAGCGCUAAGCGAAGAUCCAAACGAUCUCAAUUGUAUAACUCCGGGUCACUUUUUAAUUGGUGCAGCGCUUAAUAGCUUCCUAGUUACAGAUUUAGCAGAGGAGAAUCCGGGACGACUGUUGCGCUGGCAGCGCGUGGAGCAAAUGCGCCAGCAUUUUUGGAAACGCUGGAGUACCGAAUAUCUGCACACUCUCAUCGAGCGGAGGAAAUGGAAGGCCAGCCAAGGACAGCAACUAAAAAUUGGUCAGCUGGUAUUAAUUCAGCAGCCAGGACUGGGGCCAUUGCAGUGGUUAUUAGGCCGAGUUGAACGAGUACAUCCGGGCGCUGAUGGGGUUGUCCGAACGGCCACGCUAAAGACGGCACGAGGACAGGUUACAAGGCCCCUGACAAAACUGGCGAUAUUGCCAUAA